AUGCAAAAAAUGGAUGGGAAGAGGGGCCACACCUUUGACAUCCUCCCACCUCCACUGGAGAAAAUAAAAAAGAUGGACAAGAAAAGGAGCCCAAAUAUAGCGAAGGAACUGCCAUCUAAUGAGUUGACGCUCGAACAACGCCAACGGAGUACCCAGCCUAUGAAGACGAUCAUUAAGAAGAUGGAUCCAACCCCACACGAAGAGGUCAAAAAAAACAAUGAAAAAAAAAAGAAAGUUAAUAAUUACGUAGCCCAAAAGUACAGUAACGUUAUUUUAAACAAAGACGAAAUCAGUGCAAUCAUCAGCAGAAAUUCACAUUUUAAGACACUUGUCGAGAGUGAAGAAGUAUCCACCUUUAUGGGAGAGUACUUGAAAAACCCAUUAAUUGCCAUACAAAAAUACCACAAGGACGAAACGAUUGCACAAUUCCUCGAUUGUCUCUUCGGGUAUAUGAAUGAGAAGAGUCGUAACAUUCAUUUGGAGAACCUGUCCCAAAGUUUCACCAUCCCCAGGGGGUGA